AUGAACGUUGUCGAAGAGUCGUUAAAUUUUAUGGCGUUGGAGGAUGUAUUGUUUAAAAAUACCGAAGCUGACAUCAACAGCUGUACUCAAGAAAUCCUAAGCAUAUUUCAAAAUACUUUUCCCAAAGCUAUACCGUAUAACGAUGAUAACUCUGCACAUACCCACGAAGAACAAUUACAAAUAUUAAGUAACAGUAACCAGAGUCUAAGGAAAGAAAUUGAUGAAAAAAUUAGGGGUUUAGCCAUUCAACAAAGCCAAUAUGAGAAUUAUAAGCAAGAACACAAAUUUUUGACAUGCAAAAUUAAAGACACUCACGAGUCAUUUUUGAUGGCGAGGAAAUGUUACAAGAAGUAUCUUAAUUUCUAUUAUACUAUAGAAUCCAGAGAUAAAGAGCAGCAAACUAUAUUUGUUCAGUUCUUUUCUGAAUCUAAGAGUGAUUCUGAAAAAUAUUCAGUAAGACUGUUAAGAAAUACAAAGACAGGGAAAUAUUCAUUGUUAAGCAUCCAUCCCAAAGACAAGAUAAACUUAAAAGAUGCACAAAUAAUAUUGGAGGAAAAUAACAAUGUUCCUGGAUUGCUGUCAUUUAUUCGCCAAAAAUUCUAUUUGCUGAAAUAUCGUAAAAAAUAG